UAAUACUCAAGCAGAGCGUCCCGCGAGCAGACAAGAAGGAUCUAACAGCGCUGCAGAGAUAGCGAUCACUUAUGAAAAAUGUCUGAACAACGAGCAUUAAAGAAUCCCUAUGCCGAUUACUCGGGACCUGGAUGUGCACAAGACAUGUUUGACAUGCAGGGCAAUCUGACCCAUAAUUUUGCCAGUCAUAUAAGCAGAAAGAUUGGUGAGCUUCUGGCCAUCAUGGAGAAUGGACUGAAGAAUGCUGAUCCCAGAGAUUGUACUUGCUACACUGGCUGGGCAGGUAUUUCCCUUCUCUACCUGCAUCUUCACAGUGUGUUUGGAGAUCCAUCUUACCUGCAGAGGGCUCUGGACUAUGUCAGUCUCAGUCUGAGGAGUUUAACCCAGCGCUGGGCGACCUUCCUGUGUGGGGAUGCUGGACCGCUGGCUGUAGCUGCAGUGGUCUAUCAUCGCCUCCAGAAACCUCAUGAGGCCGAGGAGUGUGUGAACAGGCUCCUGCAGUUUCACCAGUGUGUAGUGCAGGGGAACGGCAGACUUCCUGAUGAGCUGCUGUAUGGCAGAGUGGGGUAUCUUUACUCCCUCAUCUUCAUCAACCAGCAAUUUCAGCAGGAGAUUAUCCCCAUCCAAUACAUUCAACAGAUCUGUGAAGCUAUUCUGGCAUCUGGACAGAGCCUGUCUCAGAAAAACAGGAUUCAGGAACAAACUCCUCUGAUGUACGAAUGGUAUCAGGAGGAGUAUGUUGGUGCUGCCCAUGGACUGUCAGGGAUCUACUACUUCCUCAUGCAGCCUGGUUUUGUUGCUGGUCAGGACAGGAUUUCCUCUCUGGUCCAACCCAGCAUUAACUACAUGUGCCAGCUGAAGUUUCCAUCAGGGAAUUACCCACCAUCUGUGGGGGAUUCUCGAGAUCUUCUGGUGCAUUGGUGUCACGGCUCUCCUGGAGUUAUCUACAUGUUGAUACAGGCUUUCAAGGUGUUUGGUGUAAAGCAGUAUUUGGUGGAUGCACUGCAGUGUGGGGAGCUGAUCUGGCAGAGGGGUCUUCUGAAGAAGGGCUAUGGGCUUUGCCACGGAGCUGCUGGAAAUGCAUAUGGAUUCCUGGCUCUUUUCAAGAUCACUCAAGAUCCCAAACACCUCUACAGAGCCUGUGUGUUUGCAGAUUGGUGCAUGAAUUAUGGUAAACAUGGCUGCCAGACUCCAGAUACUCCGUUCUCUCUGUUUGAAGGAAUGGCAGGCACUAUUUAUUUCCUGGCUGAUUUGCUGCAACCAGCUAGAGCAAAGUUCCCCGCAUUUGAAGUGUAAAGACUGUUCCAGACGGCUGAGCUUUUUCGCUUGAGCUUCGUAGAGCUGUAAGAUUGCAUCUUCUGAAAGUGGAAUAGUACUGUCACUCUGCAUGUAUAUAUGCAUAUUUCAAGUCUGCCAGAAUUCUCUCAUUGUCUUAGGAGAGUUGAUGUACAUGUGUGAAACAGUACUACAGAGAGAUGCUCUUCACUCUAAUCUAAUGAAAGGUGGAUGGGACUGUAUUUUCGAGACUAUAAAGCAAAGCUGUUUUUAAUUGUUCAUUAUCAAUCAUAUGCUUAACAGAUUACUUUUUUUUUUUUUUUUUUGUGUGUGUGUGUGUGUGUGUGAAAUGUUUCUAAAUGUUACUAAGGCCGUUUUCCGUGACUCAAUAUUUUGAUGUAUUUGUUAGAAUAUAUUCUGACGUAAUAUCAACACUGCGGUGUUAAAUUUACCAUCCCUGUAAAUUUAAGUGGAAGUGCAUUCACAGAGUCGACUGCUUUAAAGUGAUCUUUCACCCAAAAAUGAAAAUUCUCAUCAUUUACUCACCCUCAUGCCAUCCCAUGUGUGAAUGACUUAUUUUCUUCUGCAGAACAUGAACAAAGAUUUUUAGAAGAAAAUCUCAACUCUGUAGAUCCACACAAUGCAAGUGAAUGGUGGCCAGAACUUUUGAAGUUCCAAAAAGCAAAUGAAGGCAACAUCAAAGUAAUUGAAGGUUCAAUGUAUAUCUUCAGUAGUGAUAUGAUGUUUGUGGGUGAGAAACAGAUCAAUAUUUAAGUCCUUUUAUUACUGUAAAUUCUUCUCCCUGCCCCGGUGGCAGUGAGAUGCACGAAUAAUGCAAGUCACCUAAAACAAAAUAAUGUGAAAGUGUAGAUUUACAGUAAAAAGUCUUAUUGAGUAUUGAUCGGUUUCUCAACCACAUAUCACUUCAAAAGACAUUGAUUUAACCACUAUAGGCAUAUGUUUUACUUUUAUGCUGCCUUUUAUAUGCUUUUUGGACCUUCAAAGUUCUGGCCACCAUUUACUUGCGUUGCAUGGAUCUACAGAGCUGAGAUAUUCUUCUACAAAUCUUUGUGUUCAGCAGAAUAAAGUCAUGCACAUAUGGAAUGGCAUGAGGCUGAGUAAAUGAUGAGGGAUUUGAAUUUUUGGGUGAACUUUCCCUUUAAGAUAAUACUCACAAAAGACACUUUUGACUGUGUUAAUAUGCUUUCAGUAAGAUUUAUGUUUUUGCUAUAUGCAUUAGUAAUAUAUAAAACAUUUUUUUCCCUUUUUAUCUCUUGAUAAUACUGGUAGUGAUAUCAGAGGAUGUGCUGCAAGGCAAACAUGUGUUAGAUGGUAGAAUCUGUUAGCAUGUAUUUGCAAAAAAAAAAAAAAAAAAAUAUGUUCAUUUUCACCUACAUGCCGAUUAAAAACAAGGAA